UUUUAGGUGUUAAAUGAUGAAUGCAACAAAGCGAGGAAGGUCAGGUAAUGGAUCACCAACGCUGAAAUGGAAGAAAGUUGUAAACACAACAGGUCCUACUCCACGACCACGCCAUGGGCAUCGGGCAGUUUCGAUCAAGGAUUUGAUGAUAGUUUUUGGUGGAGGCAAUGAAGGUAUCGUCGAUGAGCUACACGUCUAUAAUACAGCAACAAAUCAGUGGUUCGUUCCGGCUGUCAAAGGUGAGGUGCCACCGGGAUGUGCAGCCUAUGGCAUUAUUUGUGAUGGGACUAAAAUUUACCUCUUUGGUGGUAUGGUUGAAUAUGGAAGAUAUUCCGCAGAUCUUUAUGAACUUCAAGCCAGUAAAUGGGAAUGGAAACGCUUACGACCACGACCACCAAAAACUGGACAACCUCCUCCAUGUGCUCGUUUGGGUCAUUCUUUCACACUUGCUUCGAAUCAGAUUUGUUACAUAUUUGGCGGUUUGGCAAACGCAAGUGAAGACCCAAAAAAUAAUAUUCCACGCUACUUGAAUGAUUUGUAUGUUUUGGACCUUAACAAAGCAAAUAAUAGUUUGCAGUGGGAAUUUCCCGACACCUAUGGGUCUCCUCCACCUCCACGUGAGUCACAUUCUGCAGUCAUAGUGGAAAACAGUGGUGAACAUCGGCGAAUGAUAGUCUUUGGUGGGAUGAAUGGCUGUCGUCUUGGUGAUUUGUGGAUUUUAGAUCUCAUUUCAAUGACAUGGACGAAGCCUGAAAUUGGUGGAGUUCCACCUUUACCACGUUCGCUUCAUUCUGCUAAUGUCAUUGCUGAAAGAAUGAUAGUGUUUGGUGGGUGGGUACCUCUUUUGACGCCCGAUACGAAACUACAGCAAGUGGAAAAAGAAUGGAAGUGCACAAACACACUCGCUUCUUUGAACCUACGUACAAUGUGUUGGGAAGAUCUGUCAUUGGAACUCCUUGAAUCCGCAGUACCCAGAGCUCGAGCAGGACAUAGUGCAGUUGUUAUUAAUAAACGUUUGUAUGUGUGGUCCGGAAGAGAUGGAUAUCGUAAAGCAUGGAAUAAUCAGGUCUGUUGUAAAGAUAUGUGGUAUCUGGAAACGGACAAACCUGAUGCACCUGGGCGUGUACAGCUUAUCCGUGCUACAGUGUCUGGUUUGGAAGUAUGUUGGAAUGCUGUACCUACAGCUGAAGCAUACUUUUUGCAAUUACGUAAAUUUGAAGCAAAGCCGGAUGAUAUUGUCAGAUCAACAACUGGUCUUCGUGUGGCUGCGACAGGAAAGCCGCUGGCAGGGAAGGUAAUCGCAAUUCGAAGUACUGCGGCUAGUGGACCGCAGGUAAUGAAAGUGGUCAGAAGUGCACCUCGCGGUGCAGCAGCCAUUAUGGCUCACGGUCCUCGCGGACAUUUUCUCCGCGUUUUACCUGCACCAAGAUUCACCACUUCAAAUCAGGCGGCUAUUGUCAAACAUCCAGCUGCAAAAGCGAUCCUAGUGACUAAGGCACCUGGAGCUGGCUAUACUGCACCACAUAAAUUAUUAUUCCUGCAGCAGACGAAUUGUCCUACUGUAUCUGCCUCAAAUGUUAGUACUGGAGACAGUCCGCAGCUGGCCGUUGUUGAAUCUGUAUCACCGCACGUUGUUCAGCCUGGAAACAGCAGCGCAGAACCGGCGGCAAUAACUACGGAACAUGCACCAUCGAUUUCCACGCAAGGAACAACAUAUACCACUCCAGUGAUGCCAAAUGUUGAUAUCGGCUUACCACAAAAUCUUCUGGAUGAAAUAGCUCCAGAUGGUGAAACCGGCAUUAUUCAAAAUGCUGAUACAACUGACCAACAUGUGAAGCAACCUUCUGAUACUGCUGUCAGUGUUUGUCGUUCAUCUGCAUCUGUUACACAAGAUACUAAGAAAGCAAAGGUGUCCCCAGUGGGUGCAACUCACGUGCAGACAGCUACCAAGGUUCAAUGUGCACCAUCCGGAGAAGCAGUGGCUUCAUCCAAAACAAUACGACCAAAAACAAAUGUAACAGCAGUAGCUAUUUUACCUCCUACAAAUGUUCAAGUUGAAAUAUCCUCAUCCAAUGUUACACAAGGAAAAUCUCCCAUGGAAAAGGACGUCAAAAAUGAAAAUGAAGCUAAUCCGACAAGCAAUGCUGACAGUAAUAAACUUGACAAAACUGAGAUUGCGGCAGUGACUGAAUGUAAAAAAGAAGAAACUGAUAGAAAGAGUGAAGACAAUGCCGAAAAGGACGUUAAAGAGGACGCUAUGUCUGUUACUAAACAAGUGAAAGUUGAAGAUACUGACGGAGAUAAGAAAACUGACGACGAUGUCCCUCUCGAUAAGAGAGGACAAAGUGACGACUUAGAUUCAUCACAUGAUAGCGGAAGGCUGCAAAUAGUUACAUCCAGCAGCGAAGAAAACACAACAGAUAUUAAAAAAUUGGAGUCCGUGAACUCGAUAUCAACAGAAACUGCGAAAUCAGUGGAUUCACCAAGUGCGAGCCAAUCUGUAACAGCAACGUCUGGUACAGAUACAGAGAUAUCUGCUCCUGUAGCAGAAACUGUUAACGCUGGCAGCGUAGUAGUUGAGGAAAUUCCAAAUGAGGUUGACACAAAAAAAUGUGCUCCAUCUGUUACAGUUCUGAAAGUUGAAUCCGGUACAGCACAGUUCAGUCGAUCUCAUCGCUCUACCUCUCCAGAGGUAAAAGCAGAAUCAGAGUGGUACAACGUUGGAAUUAUAAAAGGGACAAGUCAUCUUGUAACACACUAUUUUUUACCAUGUUCUACUGGCAUGGAAGAUGCAUUCGGGGCAAGUUAUUUGAGAAAAGCUGAACUUGAAGCUGGAACUGCGUAUCAUUUUCGUGUUGCUGGCAUAAAUGCUUGCGGCCGAGGCAAUUGGUCGGAGGUAACUGCUUUCAAAACUUGUCUUCCUGGCUAUCCCGGUGCUCCUUCCAAUAUCAAGGUGACGAAGAGCCCAGAAGGUGCACAUCUAACUUGGGAUCCACCACAGAGUGCUGUUGGCAAGGUGACAGAAUACAGUGUUUAUCUGGCUGUUCGCAAUACUCAUGGUCGUGAAAUUCAGCUUUCAUUCGUUCGUGUUUACGUUGGUUCCGAUCCAUUUUGUAUUGUUUCGUUAGCCAAUUUACACGCAGCGCAUAUCGAUAAAUCUUCCAAACCGGCAAUCAUAUUUCGAAUUGCAGCACGUAACGAGAAGGUGGUUAAAUUUUUUUUGUAA